AUGAGGGGUAUAGAAGACUCUAGACAGCGAUGGAAUAUCCUGUUUCACUCCCGCGAUACGCCCUCGGACCUUCGAGAAGCACUCAAGUCGGAGCAAGACGAUAAUAUAUGUGACGAUGGGUUGAGGUCGAUAUGUUGGAAGGCAUUCCUGCUUUUCGAGAACCUUGGUCAUGCACAAUGGCCAAGCAAAAUAUCAGACGCGCGCAGCACAUAUGUCGCACUGAAAGAGCAUUUUCUGAAGUAUGUCGAACACCCUGAUGAUCUUCAGUCAAGUGUCGAUCCCCUCGCGGAUGAUGAACAGUCUCCUUGGCAAACCCUGCGGCAAGAUGAACAGCUAAGAGCAGAUAUACUGCAAGACGUGGAUCGGUGCUUGCAGGAGAACUAUUUCUUUCACGAGCCCGCAACGAAGGCCAAAAUGGUUGAUAUUUUGUUUAUAUAUUCGAAACUCAACCCCGAUCUGGGAUAUCGUCAAGGCAUGCAUGAGCUACUAGCGCCCAUUCUAUGGGUUGUUGAUAGGGAUGCUAUCGAGCCGAAAUCUCGCGAAACUUCCUGGCCUACAGGGCAAGCUGACGACUGCAUGUUUCAACUCUUGGACGCCGAUUACAUCGAGCAUGACGCAUUUAACUUGUUCUGCUCCGUAAUGCAGACCACCAGGAUAUACUAUGAGCACAAUGCACAUAGAUCAACGAACGGCCAGGCAGAUGCGAUUCCGAUUGUCCUUCAGUGCGAACACAUCCAUAACGAUCUGCUGGUGGCUGCGGACUUGGAGUUGGCCGACCAUCUACAAGCACUCGAUAUCUUGCCGCAGAUUUUUCUAACUCGAUGGAUGCGUCUCCUUUUUGGGCGCGAGUUCCCCUUUCAAGACAUGCUUGUAGUUUGGGAUCUCCUCUUUGCAGAGGGGCUUCGAUCGGAGCUGGUUGACUUUGUGUGUGUAGCUAUGUUACUCCGCAUACGCUGGCAGUUAUUGAACUCCGAUUCCUCAACGGCCCUGACUACAUUACUUCGUUAUCCCUCACCCCACCCAAAUAAUCCAGUGAGUUUUGUUCAAGAUGGACUGUAUCUGGAGCAGAACCCGACAUCUGAGAGAGGCGCGUUCAUUAUUUCCAAAUACUCCGGGAAGCCUCCCGAAUUAUCGAAGACGGCCGAAUCAACAGGUAGACUUCGUCCGGUUCGGAAAUUUCAGUUCCGCAGCGAUUACAUGAACAGCAGUGAGGGAAGCACCCCCUCAAGAUCGCCCGCAAGGAAUAGCCCGUUGAGUUUCGAGGGCCUCUUUCAUGACGUGUCAGAGGGCAUACAGCGGCGGACGGAGACCUGGGGUGUGGCGAAGGCUGUACGCGGGGCCGUGAAUGAAGCGAAGAAGAAUAUGCAGUCAAUCCAGGCGGAACAAGGUCCACGACUGACGAGACCUGGAGAUGUGGCUCCAGUUCGUGGAUCAGAUUCGAUAUCAUACCGCGAGUCUGAAGCUACCUCAAAAUUAAAGGGUGAGCUUGAAAGCCUGUGGAAGAGGAAUCGGGCGCUCGCUCAGACGUUGGGCGAGGCAGUGAAUGAUAUACGUUCGAAAGUGACGAAAGAGGAGACUCUCGACGCCGAUACCACUAACUCAAUAAAACAAUCUCUUGCAAAAAUCGAAUCUGUUCGGGGCAGCCUGGAAACACCGAACCCAGUUUUAGAGGUGACGACAUCCUCUCCGGUCAGCGGCACCGCAAGCGAGGCAAAGAAAUCCGAGAACCGGACAGCCGCUGGGGAAAAGGCUUCUAUAUCGGAAAAUGACAAAACAUCACGCUCCUCGGUCGAUUCUACACCAUCCAACCCAACUCCCGCCAAGUCCCCCGUUGGAAGCGAGGGAGGGCAACGGAGCGUCCUAUCACCUAAGCCAGUAUACAAUGCUAGGCCUCUACGACAAGCUACCCGACAAUCGCUGGCAAAUUCGGAAUUCUCGUGGAUGCUAGGAGGCGACCGGCAUCUUUCCAGCUUUGUUAGCCCGGCAUCUGUCCCGCCUGAGCAGACCAGGCAGGGUGAAUCGCGAAAUAAACAGAAUGCCCACUUUGGCAACGGUAAUGUCGAGCAGAAGCCUAACGCGGAGCCUGAUGGGAUGGCAAUGAAGAGCUUGAGGGGUGCUAAGAGAGCAGGGUAG